CCCAGCCCCGCCGCCGCUUACUUGUACCUGUCUCUGAGUGCCGCGCCUGUCCUCGCUCUCAGCUUGCCGAGCUCCUCGCCUACCAGCCCUCGCCUAUCAUAUCCGAAGUAACAUUAACAACGAUGGCUGAGACAGAGACCGUCACGACCAAGCGGACCAUCCGCACGACUAACAUCAGCAGCGACAUCGACGACAUCGGCGGAGCUUACUCCUCUCACAUCACGCCGCGCCGCAGCACGAUCCGCUCGGCGAACAGCGGCGGCGGCGGCGGCGGCUCCAGCUACUCCUACAGCUCCCGCUCGUAUGGCUCGGCCGCUCUCGGAGGUCUAUCCGGCGAUCUGGAGAUCACCAACUCUCCGCACGAUGUCGUCGAGCACCGGCGGGAGGAGAAGCGGGAGCUGCAGGAACUCAACGACCGCUUCGCGACCUACAUCGAGCGCGUCCGGUUCCUGGAGCAGCAGAACCGGAAGCUGAUCGACGAGAUUAUGGAGUACAGGAGCAAGCUGGAAAAGCUCUCCAUCAACAUCAAGGCGACAUUCGAGCAAGAGCUGAAGGAGGCACGCCGACUUAUCGAUGACACCACCAAAGACAAGGCCCGCGUGGAGAUUCGCAACGUCAAGCUGGAAGAGGAAAUUGAUGAAUACAAGCGCAAGUACGAUGAACUGAAUCGGCUGCGGGGCAACGAGAAAGAUCGCUUAAUGAGACUCGAGCUGCAAUUAUCCGAAAAGGAUAGUGAGUUCAACGGGCUGUCGAAGAAGUUCGAUGGAUUGGACGGUGACUUGGAUCGCUACAAGAAAGAGAUUGCCAAGUAUACCGCCGAUCUCGCCAACCUCCGCGGUACAAACGAGGAAGAGAUGCUCUUGCGUGUGGAAAUGGAAAACAAAUUGCAGAGCCUGCAGGAAGAGCUGGACUUCAUGAAUCAGCUUCAUUCUACCGAGGUGAAGGAACUCAUGGAUCAGCUGACGAGAGAUUCUGAUCAGGACUACAAGAACAUGUUCCGCAAUGAGCUUACACUCGCUAUCCGUGACAUUCGCACGGAGUACGAGAACAUGGCUCAGAUGGAAAGACCGGACUCAGAUAACUGGUACAAGUCAAAGCUACAAGAGAUGCUUGAGGUGACUACUCGUAAAGACAAGGACACGAGCGCCGCACAGGAAGAGGCUCGCCGCGCCCGUACCCGUCUCACUGAGAUCAACAACGAGAUCCUACGUCUCCGUAACGAGAAUGGGAACCUGGAGGCGCGCGUGCACGAGCUGGAGAUGCUAGUUGACCAGGAGACGCGUAACUACCAGGCGACGCUGGCGCAGCGGGAUGCAGAGCUCGAGGAGAUGCAGCAGAAGAUGGCCGCUCAGCUGUUCGAACUCAAGGAACUGAUGGACACUAAGCUGAGACUAGAUGCCGAGAUCGCCGCCUACCGCCGCCUACUCGAGGGCGAGGAGAAUAGACUUGCCAUGACUCCACAGACACAAACCCGGGUGCGUAGCUACAUGGAGCAGAGGGAAUCUGGUUCGUCUAGCAUAGGUGGCUCCAGCAUGAAGGUUGUAUCGAGCGAGUCGAGCUCUAAGACUACGUUCCAGAGAAGCAGCAAGGGGCCAGUUUCGUUCGCUGACGUCAGUCCCGACGGUAAAUUCAUCACCAUGGAAAAUACCAGCAAACUCAAGGAUAUCAGCUUGGACGGCUGGAAGAUUCGUAGGAGACUAGAUGGAAGAGAGGAGAAGGUCUUCACGUUUCCUUCACGCUACGUGCUAAAGGCUGGAAGAAACGUUAAGAUUUGGGCCAGUGGUCAAGGAUCUCAUCGUCCUCCCCUUGAGCUUGUCUUCUCCGACAGCAACACAUGGGGAGUUGGUAACAACGUAAAUACCGGGCUGUACACUGAGAAGGACGAGGAAAAGGCUACCCACGCUCAGAAGACUGCCUAAUUUUUUUUUGUUUUUUUUAAAUUCCAUUGUAAUAUGGAUUUUUUCUGGUGAUUGGAAUAGGGUGAUGUAGUCACAUCUUAAAUGUGUACGAUCUUAUACUUGCUAUGCAAUACCAUAUCUAGCUCGCACCAUACGCUAUAUGCUAUACACGAUUCACCUAUUACCCAUGAAUAGACGAGAAUUUGUUGCAUCAAAAUUAUAACCGGCAUGAAAACUUAUUAAAAACAUUGCUUUGCGGGCGUCUAUUGCUUGCCUCGUCUCGCCUGCGAGUUAAUGACUUCUCAUACCCAUCGGCGGCUCAUUUAUUUGUAAAAUGUAUGUAUUAAUAUACGUGUAGCUAAGCUCUUUCAGUUUUAUUAAAAUGCACAUGCAAUCGACCGA